AGCGCUGGAGCUCGAGUCACGUGGUCGCGGGAGGAGAUGGGCGGGGCGGGGGACGUGCCGCCGAGUCCUCGCGGGCUUAAGGGGCGGCGGCAGGGCGUGUGUCCUACCUUAAGAGUGCUACUCGCCCGAGGUCUGAUCUGUGCAUGCCUUUCCCGGGUCAGGCGGUGAGGUCGGCGCCUGCGAGUACGCGGCGGUGGAGAAGGGCAGCCAGCGACAGGCCAGGAGGCCCUUCGGAGGCUGGACGGCCCCAGCUUCACUGAGAUCAUGGCAUCGCUAGUGGACCGACUGCGCGGCCACGGUCGAAUCGCGGUCGGGCUCCUGUUCAACCUGCUGGUGUCCAUCUGCAUCGUGUUCCUCAACAAAUGGAUUUAUGUGCACCACGGCUUCCCCAACAUGAGCCUGACCCUGGUGCACUUCGUGGUCACCUGGCUGGGCUUGUACAUCUGCCAGAAGCUGGACAUCUUUGCCCCCAAAAGUCUGCCGCCCUCCAGGGUCUUCCUCCUGGCCCUCAGCUUUUGUGGCUUUGUGGUUUUCACUAACCUUUCUCUGCAGAACAACACCAUAGGCACCUAUCAGCUGGCCAAGGCCAUGACCACACCGGUGAUCAUAGCCAUCCAGACCUUCUGCUACCAGAAAACCUUCUCCACCAGAAUCCAGCUCACGCUGAUUCCUAUAACUUUAGGUGUAAUCCUAAAUUCUUAUUACGAUGUGAAGUUUAAUUUCCUUGGAAUGGUGUUUGCUGCUCUUGGUGUUUUAGUUACGUCUCUUUAUCAAGUGUGGGUAGGAGCCAAACAGCAUGAAUUACAAGUGAACUCAAUGCAGCUGCUGUACUACCAGGCUCCGAUGUCAUCUGCCAUGUUGCUGGUCGCCGUGCCCUUCUUUGAGCCUGUAUUUGGAGAAGGAGGAAUAUUUGGUCCCUGGUCAGUUUCGGCUUUGCUUAUGGUGCUGCUAUCUGGAGUAAUAGCUUUCAUGGUGAACUUAUCAAUUUAUUGGAUUAUUGGGAAUACUUCACCUGUCACAAAUGAAGUCAUUGGCUGGGUGCCAUGACUCACGCCUAUAAUUCCUACACUGUGAGAGGCCAAGGCAGGAGGAUCACUUUGGCCCAGGAGUUUGAGACCAGACUGGGCAACGUAGGGAGACUCUAUCUCUACCAAAAACAAAAAAGAAAAAGAAGGAAGUCACAAGUUAAAGGUCAAAUUCAACUGUCCAUUUACACCAUUCUGCCUGUCAUUCUGUUUCUCUUCACAUUUCACUUUGCCCCCACCCUUAGGCAAAUGCAAAGAAUGAAUUUCUCCAGGAAGUAAAUAAGUAGGAUAUUAGCCAGCUAUCAAUGAAAAACAACGAUAAGUUUUUUGGAAAACCAAUACUUAACAACUCUUUAUUUUGCGUCAGAUACUGCUAGAAACAUUUUGUGUAUCUUAGUCCAUUUAACUCUCACAGCAGCUCUGUGAGGUAAAGUCCGUCAUUUUAGUUUCUAGAAGAAAUAGAGGCACAGAGAGGUUAACUCAUUUAAGUCCACACAGAUGACAAAUGGGAUGUCCAGAUUUGAACCCAUGCAGUCUAGUCCCAAAAUUUGUACAUCAUGCUACCCAAACAAGGCAUCCAAAUAUGUGCUCUGAUUAAAAACAUUCAUUUAUUCAAUAAAUAUUUAUUGAAUACCCACUAAACCAUUCAUUGAUUUUAAAAUAUUUAUGUACUGAACAUUCUACUCUAUGCCAGGCACCAGUGAUGCAGUAAUGAACCGCACAGACAAAAGUCUUUACUCUCACAGCCUUAAAUUCUGGUGAGGAAGUCUAGAAAUAGAAAACAAUUAAAUAUUUAUCUGCAGUAUAGGAUGGUGUUAACUGCCAAGGAGUAGAAGUAAAGGAGGGAAGAGAAUGUGAAAUGUUGUAGACAGUGUUGAAGUCCUAGGCAGGGCUAGUCAGGAAGGCCUCAGUGGGAAGGUGACAUUUGAGUAAAGACCUGAAGGAAAUGUGGUUGCUCCGUGCAGAUCAGGAGGGAAGAACAUUCCAGGCAGAGGCAACAGCAGGUGCAAGGCCCUAAAAGAAAAACAAGGAAGCCUGUGAGGUUGGAGCAGGUUGAGCAAAGGAGAGAAUGUGGUAGGCUGAGAAGUAACACGGAACUGAAUCUAGUAGGGCCUUUAUGUAAAGACUGUUACACUGAGUAAGAUGGGAAGCCAUUAGCAUUUUGAGCAGAGAAAUGACAUGAUUUUACUUACGUUCUAAUACACUCACCCAGUGGGCCAGGUGCGGUGGCUCAUGCCUGUCAUUCCAACACUUUAAGAGGCCAAGGCAGAAGGAUCACUUGAGCCCAGGAGUUCAAGACCAGUCUGGGCAACAUAGCAACACCCUGUCUCUACAAAAAGUUUUUUAAAACAAAAUAAAUAAUAGAGUCACUCAGGGCUCCUGUGUUGAGAAUAGACUAAAGAAGGAUUUCUCAACCUCUUGGCUGUUGACUUUUUGGGCUAGAUGGUUCUUACUGCAGGCCUGUUUAAUACACUGUAGGAUGUUUUCAGCAUGCCUGGGCUUUACCACUAGAUGCCAGCAGCAUACAUACCCUUUGCCCAAUUGUGACAACCAAAAAUGCCUCCAAAUACUGCUCACAAAGCAGAAUCACUCAUGGUUGGGAACUAGUAGACUGAAAGAGGCACAGGAAACUGUCAGAAGACUGCUGCAGUAUUCUAAUUUAGAAGUAACAGUGGUUACCAGGAUGGUAGCAGUGGACACAGUGAGAAGUUAUUGGAUUCUGGAUAUAUUUCUAAGAAGAGCCAACAGGUUUUGCUGCCUCGUUGGAUGUGGAGAAAGAAAACAAGGCUGAUUCACAUGAUUUUUGGCCUGAGCGUCUGGUACAAUGGAGUUGCCAUCAACUAAGAUAGGAUAGCCAGAAGGAGGUUUGGGGCUGGGGAGGAAGAUCAGGUGCUCAGUUUGGGGAGUAUUUUUUUGUUGUUGUUUUUGAGACAGAGUCUUGCUCUGUCACCCAGGCUGGAGUGAAGUGGCAUGAUUAUGGCUCCCUGCAGCCGUGAACUGUUGGGCUUGAGCAGUAUUCCCACUUCAGCCUUCUAAAAUGCUGGGAUUACACAUGUGAGCCACCACGCCCGGCCAGGUGCUCAGUUUUGGAUAAACAAGUCUGAGGGUUCAAAGGCAAUGUCUCGGCAGGAGGCGUCACAGGGAGUCAGCAGUGAGAAGCUGUGAUUUAAAGUGGCGAGACUGGUUGAGGUUACCAAGCACACAAGUAGAAGAAAAGGAGUCCAAAGAUUGAGAGUUGGGUUUGAGUCCAGUGUUUGGAAUUCAGAGAGAUGAGAGGAACUAGGUAAAGGAUGAGAAGGAACAGUCAGAGGUAGGAAGGAGGAGAGUGGCACAGAACCCCAGUGAGGAGGAGGAGGGGUUGGGAUCUGUGUCCGAUGCCACUGGCAGGCCAAGUUCAGGGAGACUGGUCACUGAUGAAGGGCUGAGUGAGGUGGAGGGCACUGGGUUUGGCCAGAACAUUCUGAGGGUUGGGGUGACAGCUUUCCUGGAGUAAAGUGCAGAACUGGAAAUACUACAUGUAGACUGCUCUUUUUUUGUCAUUUUUACAGAAGGAUUCAUGAAUAGUUUCUUUAAAUUUGCCUUCCUUCUAGUAUAAAUACACUUAAAAGAGAAGCCGAGGAGUAAAGAAAUUUAAAGUGCACAUGAAGAAAGCUCAUAAUUGAAAAUAAAACAUAUUUUAUUUUGAUUAUUGCCAGUAACCUUGGGAAGAUCUUCUGUGGCUCAGGAAGUCACCUCCAUGGGAUCAAGCUAGCACACGCACCUGGUGACAUAGCCCGUGCUCUCCUGAGACACUGCCUCUGCUCAGCGGGGACCUCCAGGCUGCUUGGAAGGGCUUGGAGGUCAGACAGGUCCAGGUGUGAGCACUGAGCUCUGCCACUACCUGUGGGCCUGACCUAGUGUGGGAACUCUCAGGGUCUCACUUUGAUUACUUAGGAAAUGUAUGAAGUGGAGGAAGUAGGAUCUAUGAUGUUGGGUGGUUCUAUUUGAGAGAAUGUGUCAGGCGCCUGGCAGGUGUUUCUGACACAUAAGUACUGCUGUUGGUAACUGUUAUUGUAGCUAGCACAUACGGUGCUUACUAUAUGCUAGAAGCUUUGUGUAUAUUAUUUAGUCCUUACAAUAACCGUGGGAAGUAUUAUUUUGCCCCUCUUUUAUAGUGAGGAAACAGACACAGAGUGGUAGCUGUUUCUAGUGUUGUAAUUAGGAAAAGCACAUAGGCACACAUCAUACAUCUGAAGAACAAGAGAGCACUCAUUUAUAUAGAAAAAAUAAUUAUAUUUAAAUAUAAGUAAUUUUAAAAGGUG